CCACGAGCCGGUCAGCAGGCCCAGAGCGUGAGCAAGGGAGCCACCCCAACGCGCGACUCCAGCGGGAAACCGUCCUUUGUCAUAUGCGAGAUCUGUGAUGGUUAUAUUAAGGACCUGGAGCAGUUACGGAACCACAUGAACCUGAUCCACAAGGUGAAAAUCCACCCCAAGAUGAUUUACAACCGCCCCCCGCUCAACUGCCAGAAGUGCCAGCACCGAUUCUUCACUGAUCAGGGUUUGGAGCGGCAUCUUUUGGGAACCCAUGGGCUGGUCACGUCAUCCAUGCAGGAAGCCGCAAACAAGGGCAAGGAUGCAGGCCGAUGUCCCAUUUGCGGAAAGGUGUUUCCAGUGGAAGCUCCUCAACCACGUGAGCAGAGACCAUAAGAUGACUCUCAAACCUGCACACCUGUCUUACAAGUGCACAGUGUGUACCGCGACGUUCAACAUGUACCGGCUGUUUGAGAAUCACGUGUACUCGGCCCACUCAGUCGUCAACAAAAAUAAGGGGGAGAGCGGCAAGAAGCAGA